CAAACUAAAUUUUUCCUACUUCUAUACUUUUUAACAUUUUCUAUGGCAAUAGCAUUAUAAAUACCUCAGUCUCAAUCUUCUUUGCCCACCACAAUUUUCUCUCCAUAACCUGCUCUAAAAAAUUAAUGGCACCCCUUAAGAUGAGAAGAAAUCUUCUAACCAUAAUUGUAGCCAUUUGUCUGGCUGCAGGAGCCAUGCCCAAAAAUGUAGUGGCUCAGAAUUGUGGCUGUGCAGCCAAUCUGUGCUGCAGUCAAUACGGCUACUGUGGCACCGGUGACCCUUACUGCGGCCAAGGAUGCAAAGAGGGUCCUUGCUAUUCUACGCCUACGCCCACCACACCAUCCAGCAGCGUUUCCGUGGCUGAUGUUGUUACUCCUGAUUUCUUUAACGGGAUAAUCAAUGAGGCCGCCGGGAACUGUGCUGGCAAGAACUUCUAUAGCCGCGAUACAUUUCUCAAAGCUCUCAAUUCAUAUUCUGAUUUUGGCAAGAUCGGCUCCGACGAUGAUUCCAAGCGCGAGAUUGCUGCUUUUUUUGCUCAUGUUACGCAUGAAACAGGACACUUCUGCUACAUCGAGGAGAUAGAUGGAGCCUCCAAGGACUACUGCGACGAAACAAACACGCAGUACCCAUGUGUUGCAGGCAAGAACUACUUUGGCCGAGGACCUCUUCAACUGACAUGGAACUAUAACUAUGGACCAGCUGGGCAGAGCAAUAACUUUGAUGGGUUAAACGCUCCUGAAACUGUGGCCAAUGACCCAGUUGUGUCAUUUAAGACUGCUCUCUGGUUUUGGAUGAACAAUGUUCGCCCUGUUGUAACGCAGGGCUUUGGUGCGACUAUUAGAGCCAUUAACGGUGCAAUUGAAUGUAAUGGUGGAAAUUCCGGUGCUGUUCAGGUUCGUAUUGGGUAUUACACAGAUUAUUGUAACCAGUUUAGUGUUUCACCUGGAGAUAAUCUUAGUUGUUAGGUAGGUUACCUUAUCGGACUUGAUUAUAUUUUAAAUAAUAAAUGAUGUACUAUUGCAGUAAUUAAUCCGACUACGCGUCGGAGUUGAUGUAUUAUUUGCAAAGAAUAAAAUAAUAAAGUGGGAUUGCAUGUUUUUGUUGUUUUUA